AUGAUAUGGAUAUUCCCCGACCGGACAACUUCUAAUGAGACAUAUCUAUACGAAGAACUCAUGGAGUGUGAUUUAGCUGCUAUUAUUCGAUCCGGCCAGCCACUGACCGAUGCGCACUACCAAUCCUUCAUCUACCAAAUCCUAUGUGGACUCAAGUAUAUUCACUCCGCCAAUGUCCUUCACAGAGAUCUAAAGCCCGGAAACUUGCUGGUCAAUGCGGACUGUGAGCUCAAGAUUUGUGAUUUUGGUCUGGCUCGUGGUUUCUCAAUUGACCCUGAGGAGAACGCCGGUUACAUGACUGAAUAUGUUGCGACAAGAUGGUAUCGCGCUCCGGAAAUCAUGUUGAGUUUCCAGAGCUACACAAAAGCUAUCGAUGUGUGGUCCGUAGGUUGCAUUCUGGCGGAGUUGUUAGGUGGCCGCCCCUUCUUCAAGGGUCGCGACUAUGUCGACCAGCUCAACCAGAUCUUGCACUACCUGGGCACUCCGAACGAAGAAACUCUGAGCCGCAUUGGCUCACCACGUGCCCAGGAGUAUGUGCGUAACUUGCCCUUUAUGCCCAAGGUGCCCUUCCAGCGCCUGUUCCCGAACGCCAAUCCCGAUGCUCUCGAUCUACUCGACCGCAUGCUUGCUUUCGACCCUUCGUCACGUAUCUCGGUGGAAGAGGCUCUGGAACACCCUUACCUUGCAAUUUGGCACGACGCAUCCGAUGAGCCUAGCUGCCCCACCACCUUUGACUUCCACUUUGAGGUGGUUGACGAUGUGCAGGAGAUGCGCCGCAUGAUCUACGAGGAAGUCGUCCGUUUUCGCCAAUCGGUGCGCAUGCCCCCGCAGGCGCAAUCUCUCGCCCAACAACAGCAAAUAGGCAACAUCCCCAUUCCCGAGCAUCAGCAGGGAGUGUGGAGGCAAGAAGAGCCUAGGCCUCAAGAAGCAGGCGCCGUAGGCGGCAACCACAACGAUCUGGAAUCGUCCUUGCAGCGGGGGAUGGAUGCGUAAUUAGUCAAGCGUUGGUAUUUAUUUAUCCUAGAGAAUCGCGGGGACGGUUUCCUAGACCACAUGGCACAUAUAUAGCUGCAUGAGCAAAGUACAGAUUACAGUUUCCACCUUGCCCGGUGCCUUGAAUUUGAUAUUGGUUCCUUGCAGUGCUCUACU